AUGCCCGCUGCCGACCCCAAGUUCCUCAAGUACGUCGACGAGCAUGAGGACGCGUUCAUUGCGCGCCUCAAGGAAGCCGUCGAGAUCCCGUCCGUGUCGGGCAAUAUCGAGUACGUCAAGGACGUCGAGAACAUGGCCGACUGGCUCGUGGCGCAGCUCACCGACCUUGGCGUCAAGGCUGAGAAGCGUGGCAUUGGCAAGCACGUGCUCGACGGCAAGGAGGUCGACCUUCCUCCGGUCGUCAUCGGCUCGAUUGGCAACGACCCGGCCAAGAAAACUGUCCUCGUCUACGGCCACUACGACGUCCAGCCCGCUCUCAAGGAAGACGGCUGGGACUACGAGCCCUUCACCCUCACCCCCGACCCCAAGACUGGACGGCUGUACGGCCGCGGCUCGACCGAUGACAAGGGUCCCGUGAUGGGUUGGCUCAACGUGCUUGAGGCGCACAAGAACCUCGGCCUCGAGAUGCCCGUCAACCUGAAGAUGAUCUUUGAGGGUAUGGAGGAGAGCGGGUCUGUCAACCUCGACAAGUUCAUCGAGAGCGAGAAGGACAAGUUCUUCGCCGGCCUCGACUGCAUGUGCAUCUCGGACAACUACUGGCUCGACACCAAGACGCCGUGCCUUACGUACGGCCUCCGUGGCGUCAACUACUACGAGAUCAAGGUGUCCGGCCCGGACCGUGACCUCCACUCGGGCGUGUUUGGCGGCACGAUCCACGAGCCGAUGACGGACCUGAUCAUCCUCAUGUCCAAGCUCGUAUCCCCCACUGGCGAGAUCCUCAUUCCUGGCGUCAAGGAGCUCAUCGCGCCUGUCACCAAGGAUGAGCAGGAGAAGUUUGAGAAGAUCCACUUCCAGAUGAGCGACAUCCAGGGCGCGGUUGGCGGCGACCAGACCCUCACCGACGACACGGUCGUGACGCUGAUGGGCCGCAUGCGUAACCCGUCGCUGUCGCUGCACGGAAUUGAAGGCGCGUUCUCUGCGCCAGGCUCCAAAACCGUCAUCCCGUGCUCUGUCAAGGGCAAGUUCAGCAUCCGCACGACUCCUAACCUCGGCGUCAAGAACACGACCGAGCUCGUUCUGAAGUACCUGAACGACGAGUUCAAGAAGAUCGGCUCGAAGAACCGCUGCGAGGUCAGCCUUGGGCACGGUGGCGAGCCUUGGGUCACCGACCCGAACCACUACAACUUCCGCGCCGCCCACAAGGCAACCGUCGCGGUUUACGGGGUGGAGCCGGACUACACGCGCGAGGGCGGCUCGAUUCCCGUCACGCUCGACUUUGCCAACAUCCUCGGCCUCAACAUCCUGCUCCUUCCCGUUGGGCGUGGCGACGACGGCGCGCACUCGACGAACGAGAAGCUUGACAAGAGCAACUACAUCAACGGGACCAAGCUUCUUGGCUCGUACCUGUACGAGCUGGCAGCGGAGAAGAAGGACUAG